AUGCGAUUUGUCGCGGCGACGCAUCGCGUGAACACCCUGGGGAUUGACACGGAUCGCUACACCAUUCCAUACGCGCUCUCCACUCGACUCGAGAAGCCUGUGGUGCCUCUGCCGAAGUUCUCACUCGGUGACGCUACCAAGUACGAUGUUCCUCCGAAUCCCAAGCUUGUGAAGCUGCUAAGCGUUUCGGACCCGCUGGUACGCGGCGGUUACGCCUGGCUGACGCUAUUCCCGGCGGCUGCGAAGAAGCUGUACCCGAAGGAGUGGGCUGAGGCUAAGGAGAUGGGUAUCCUCUGA